CAGACAGGAUUACAACCACCCCGAGAUAUUCAAAAAAAUUAACGGGCGAAACUUUGCUAUUCUUUAUUCCUAUCUAUCCCUGUAUCACAUACCCGGCGGAGCGUGUGCAUGGACAAUCCACAGCACUAUCAACCGCUCUCACAUGCACUUCAUCCUCCCGUAGUACCCACAUACGAGGAGGAGGAGGAAGAGGAAGAGAAUGACGACGAGGGCGUCGUCGAAGAGCAGCUUGAUCGUGAAGACGACGAUCACGAGGGCGCCGCUGGAUCUACACAACAUCAAGGAAGCACAAAUGCAGCUGGAAAGCGCGCAGAUACAGCACAACCCGACCCACCACAAGACUCAGAACGGAAAAGACGUCCUGGUCGUCCGCGUGGAUCAAAGAACAGACGGUCGCGGGCGUCAGCUACUGACUUGAAGGAGCCGGCUAAUGCUGCCCCCAAAACGUCCCCACCACAACACGGGUUCUACCAAUAUACAGCUUCCCCCACUCCAGGAGAAAUACAACCCCACAAUCAGCAAUACUAUGAGUUUCAGUGGCGCGUACUAAACUUGUGUGCAGAGUUCUAUGGAGCGGCUGAAGAGCUUGUUAAAGCUACCCCCUCCCUUGUUAUUGCGCAAUGUUACCAGAUGGGCCCUGGCGUGAAAGUAGACCCCCUGGCCAUGCUCGGCGAAGCGAAAAGAAUAUGCGAUACCCUUUUGGCAUCUCCCUCUCGGUUGACGACACACCCUCCACCUCCGCCAUACUUCGUACCUGGUUACCCAAGUCCCAUCCCGCCACCGCCACCCCAACCCGGGCCAUCCACGCCGUCUACAAACGGCAAAUCCCCCGCCACUACAGGGCCAGUCAUUUCAGAUCCGCAAUCAUUUGUUGUUUCCUUGGGCCAUCAGCAAGCAUACCCGUACGGUGCUCCCGCAUACCCUACUGCACCAUACUACGGCUAUGGCGGAUACGGAGGUUAUUACCCCCCUGUACCUCCGCCUGGGCCAAGCCCAGCACCUGCGACAGGCUCUGCGAGUGGAAGCACAGGAGGAGCUGCGGGAAGCGGUGGAAACCAGGGCGCCUGGUCCGAAGAAGAAACGGAAAGACUAAAGAAGCUCGCCGAGGAGCACCGCAACGGUAACGGGGAGAUCAUAUGGGAUGCCCUAUGCGAAAAAUGGGGCAACUCUCGCACGAGACACCAAAUAUUGAUAAAAGCAACCUCGCUGGGGUUGAAAGAGUCCUCGUCGCGAGGAACGAAACGAAAACGGGAGACGGACGGCCAACUUGAGCGCCCUCCACCUACAGCUCCCACACCUACAAGCACAGACGCCCCCCAUCAAACUCCAGCAUCAAAUCCCAUUCCCACGCCUGCUCCACAAUCCGUACAGGGAGCGUCCGCUUCUCCAACACCUUCAACACCAGCGCCAGGGUCCACUCAACCUUCUCCAGCAAUUCGACACGCACAGACGCAACAGCAGCAACAACAUCAACAACCACAACCACAUCAACAGCAGCCACUACUACACCAACAAGCGCCAACACGUGCUCUCCCAUAUCCGAUGCCGACGGUUGCUGCUGCAACCUCGCCUGUUAUAUCCACCUCAACGAACCCGAUGGACCGGCCGGGAAGCGGAAGUUACUAUCGCACACGACCAGCACCUGGGAUGAAAUCUGCAUCUUCAGGAUCGCAGCACCAGUUCAUGUACCAACCGAACGGAGAGCGCCGAACGGGUUAAUUGGCAUGAUUUAACUGAUUUUAUGGCGUGGCCGGGAGUCCCUUGCUCGAUAAUUUGCUACCUUACUUUUCGAUACCGAUGCAGCUGUUCAGUGCAAUCACUAGUUUUCUACGUAUAGAUAUCGCGUAUAUGGUCGGUCAUCGUGUUGUGCUUUGCAGGUCAUGUAUUCGUCCAAUUAUCGUAAAAUCAUUUUGUCACAA